AUGUCUUCUAACUUUAAUUAUGCUUCCACUAAUGGCUUAAAUCCUUAUUAUGUAACUGGUUUUACUGACGGGGAAGGAUGUUUUUAUGUAGGUGUUAGUUCUAACCCUAGAUAUAAAAUGGCCUAUAGAGUAAAAGCUGUUUUUCAUAUUGGUGUACACAUAAGGGAUCUUGCCUUAUUAGAACAAAUUCAAUUGUUUUUUGGUGUAGGUACAAUAUCUAAAUUAGGAGCGGAAUCUGUUCAAUUUAGAGUAUCUGGUUUUGAAAACUUAAAAGUUAUUAUGGAUCAUUUUGAUAAAUACCCUUUAUUAACCAAUAAACAAUCUGACUAUCUACUUUUUAAGCAAGUAGUAAAUGAUAUGGAACAAGGAAGACAUUUAACUGUACAAGGUUUAAAUAAAAUCAUGUCAAUUAAAGCUGUUAUGAACAAUAAAGGAAUGUCAGACAGCUUAAAUCUAGCUUUCCCUGAUAUAGAGCCUAUUUUAAGACCAAAUAUUAAAGAUAGAAAUAUAAAAAGUCUACACUGGUUAGCUGGUUUCACUGAUGCUGAAGGAUGUUUCUUUAUAGCAUUAAAAAAAUCUCCAGAAUCUAAGUUAGGGGAAACUGUAUGA